AUGGUAACGGUAACGGUGACUGAAACGGUUCUGGUAACAGUGACUGAAACGGUUCUAGUAACGGUGACGAUGACGGUGAGGGUGGUGAUAAUUAUGACGGUCACGGUCACGAUCACGGUAACGUUGACGGUUACGGUAAUGAUGACGGCCAAGGUAACGAUGACGGUAAUGGUGACGGUCAAGGUAACGAUGACGGUAACAAUGACGAUAAUGGUAAUGGUGAUGGUAACGAUAACAGUGAUGGUAACAGUUACAGUAACGAUCACGAUAACGGUAACGAGACGUAAUGGUAAUGGUGACGAUAAUAGUGACGAUUACGAAUAUUGUAAUAGUUGCGGUAACAAUAACGGUAAUGGUGAUGAUAACGGUGAUGACUACUAUUAUUGUAACAAUUAUGGUAACAGUGAUGGUAACGGUGAUAGUUAUGGUAAUGGUCAUGGUAACGGUCACGAUCACGGUAACGAUAACAGUAACGGUUACGAUGAUGGUAGUGGUAACGGUAACGAUGAUGGUAACAAUAUCCAUAACAGUAAAGGUAACGGUAAAAGUGGUAACAGUAACGGUCACGGUAAAGGUGACGAGAAUAGUAACAAUAAUUGUAAUGGUAACGGAGAUGGUAACGAUGACGGAAAUGGUACUGAUAAAGGUGACGGUAACGGUAAUGAUAAUGGUGAUUGUGAAAGUAAUAAUAACGGUGGCGGUGAUGGUGGUGGUAAUAGUGACUACAAUGAUAAAGGUGAUGGUAGUAGUGAUGGUAACGGUUAUGGUGACGGUAACGGUAAUGGUAAAGGUGACGGUGAUGGGAAUGGUAAUGGUAAUAGUAACGAUAUCGGGGAUAGUAAUGGUAACAGUAACGAUAACUGUAACAAUAAUAGUGAUGGUAAUGGUAACAAUAACAGUAAUAGUGACGAUAAUGGUGACAAUAACAACAAUGGUGAUGGUCACGGUAACGAUGAUGCUAACGGUGACAGUAACGGUUACGGUGACGGUGACGGUGAUGGAAACGGUGACGGUGAUGGAAACGGUGACGGUAAUAGUGACACUAAUGGCUACGAUAACGGUAACAAUAAUGGUGACGAUAACGGUAACAGUAUCAAUAACAGUCAUGAUAACGGUAACAGUAUCGGUAACAGUCACGAUAACGGUGACAAUAACGUCGUUGAUAAUGAUAACUGUAACGAUGACGAUAACUGUAAGGAUGACAGUAACGGUUAUGAUAAUGGUAAAGAUAACGGUAAUGGUUAUGGUAACAAUGAUGGUAAUUGUCAUGGUCACGGUAAUGGAGAUGCUAACAGUGAUGGUGAUGGUCGUAGUGACGUUAACGAUGACAAUAAUAGUGGCGGUCAUGAUGAUGGUCACGAUGACAGUAACAGAAUGGUGACGCUAACGGUUAUUGUGACGAUAACGAUUUUUGAUGUCUAA